AUGGCAUCCGCUGCGUCGACAGUGCCUACUCAAACACCUUACAUUGUCUUCGAUUCCAGGAAAGCUGGCCUGAUCAGCAUUGUGGAAGAAGAGCUACCGCAGGACGAUCCAUCACCAUUAAGCUCAGCAUCACCUCAACCUCCCACGUGGCGUAAAGUCGACUACUUCGGCAAAUCAGAUGACAGGAAUGUCCACGGCCUUGGUGUCACAUCUGCUGCUGGCACUUCAUGCCCGUUGACAGGCAGCUUUGCCGAAAUAUCACCAAAUCUUGGAUCUUCAAAGAACACUUUAUCAGGAUGGGGCAUGAUACCACCACGUCAAAGAACCCCCUCCGAGAUCAACACAUCUCACAAAAAAUCGUGGAAUCAAGGACCACAAACGCUAUCUCAGUUGUCGUCUGUGAUUCCCGAGAUCUCCGAUGACGAGACAUCACGGCAAGGCUCGAUUGUUGAGCUUGAGAUAUAUCUAAGGAAGGCAUCCGUAGUCCAAUCACAACCUGAAAAAUGUGAUGGGACGAAUGCUGAUCUUCUGGUCACAGAGGGAUCAGAUGUCCUGGGUCCUUUACACUCACCACUGACUCCAUUGUCACCUUCCAUUCGCACAUCGGCAUCCCCAAGAGCGUCUUCAGAGUGUCUUGGAAGGGCGUCCACCAACGACGACCAGUCUGCUCCUACUGCAACUACGCCCAAGCGUCCCCGUUUAGAGUCUCGUGGUGUCUUCAAGAAAUUCAACAACUUCGCAGAUCUGCAUGCAUUCUCCUUUGGCCAGACUCCAAAAGCUCGUAAGGAAAGUAGCACUGCUCCCGACCCUAUGAGUAUGGAAGGUGGUAUUCAACGACCGUCAUCGGCACGUACGAGCCUUGGGAGUAGCGUCCUUCACGAGGCUGUACAGGAUGUGAUGCUCGUCAAUCCAAUUACUGGUGAACGUAAAAUGUCUGCAAUUCGACCCACAUCAGCAGGACAACUGGCUCGACCUGGCAGACUCCGACGGAGUUCUUCCGCUACUUCAAUGCGUACACCGUCGACGGCAUCUAGACCCAGUCUCUCUGCGAGAAACUCAUCGACACGAUCUUCUUUUGGCAUCCGGUCUGCAACGUCCACACAUGACGCACAUUCUCAAACUCUGUCGUCCAUCGGUGGUCAACAAAACCGCCAUGCCUCGACUUCAGCUUCAACACGGCAACUGACUUUGUCUUCCUCCUACGCCCGUACUAUGUCUGGUACACGGACUAUGUCUUCAUCCACAUGGUCACGAACGAUGUCGACUUUUUCGAGAGCCUCAUCUACAGCUUCCAUGACAACGUAUGAUGCGGAGUCUGCAAGGCUUGAGAACGACCCUAUACAAAGCGAUCGCGUCGACGCAGAGACAGGACGAGAGUCAUCUUUCUUUGUUCCUCUACUUGGCCAUUUUCAAUGGAACAAAUCAGACUCUGCAGUAGCUCUCCCCACUCAAGAGUCUAAGCCCGCCUACCAGGAAGCCUUGGCUGAUGUAGAAGAAGAUCCUGACUUUGUAGAAGUUGAGAUCGAACCAAAAGCAGGAUCAAUAGGAAGACGGACCUCGCUACUUGCAAAUAUCUUCACCAACAAGGACAUCGAUGUGGAUCCCGAUCUCGAAUUCGAACCUUCUACCUCGGAAGCGGACAUCAAACAAGGAAUUGCAAAGGCUCGGGGCGAGAGAAGUCGGCGCAAGAUGAUCUACUCUCGCAACGUUGCAGUGACCUCUAUUGCUGCAGUCAAUGCACUCGGCGUCGCAUUAUCAUUUGGACUGUUUAGCGUCUGGUACGCUGUUGUUCCUUUGAUACUACUAGCACCCCUUCUCAGGUCAGCUAUGGUGUUCAACUUGCUUGGCAAUCACGCAUAUGUGAAGGCAAGGGCGCUACUGGAACCUCAUGAAAAUGAAGAAGCAGCCAAGGUCCCCAUCAUGGACUAUGCUACCGUCGUGUCCUUUUCCAAUGAGAGCUCCGAAGAUAUUCAAAGCACUCUAGACUCUGUGGUAGAUCAGAAAGACGUUGACAUGCAUAAGAACUUACUGCUGAUUACAUGUAACGACAACGUUUGGAACAUCGACCCCACUACCAAAUCAACCACAAGGAUUAUACUUGAGAACAUCCUCACUAGUAUCGUCGACGAAGCAAAGUUCCAGAUGCCGCGUAAUGAUCAGGAACCCGGCUUUGAUACGAUGUGGUGUAGAAGAGGCAUUUACAGAGGCCUGCCAUAUGUCCUCAUGGUCAAAGAGGGCGUCACAAAGAAAGCAGAAAUCCUGGAUCUGACUCGGAAUUUACUUUACGCGUACAACCUUCGCAGAGAGUCAUAUUUCAAUCCAGUCCCCUCUGUUUUCUUUGCUUGGUGCAAAGAAUGGGCUGAGUUGCACGAUUUUGCAUCUUUCGAUUUCUUGGUCAACAUCGCUCCCGAUACUUUGCUUGAAGAACAUUGUAUCUCACGGCUACACAUGCACUCCCUGAAGCAUCCCACCUGUGCAGGUGUCUUGAGUCGCGUCGAGAUCGAUUUUUGCUCUUCCAAAUGGAGUCCUCUCAAUCUCUUUAGCAACUCGCAAUUGAUGUAUGAUCAGGUCAGACAUUCUCACCAGACGCAAAUUAUGCAUAAGGCAAGUGUGGAUGCAAAUUCCUGCCAGAUGAUACGAAUCUGUGAGGAGACGUGUGGUCUGCAACUCCUAAAGGACGCCAAAGAACGUCGGCCCGCUCCUAUGAGCAACAUGGUCAAACAAAUUUGCUCAUCUCUCGAGGAGGACGACAUGACCUACGGAGUGCCAGAAAUCAACAUCAUGCAAGCUGUUCGUGCAGUCACAUAUGCUCGCUCAGCCACCACAUUUUCCGAAUUCUUUGCACAACGUCAAAGAAUUGCUUUCUCGACAUGUGCCACAGACCUUGCUGUGAUCUGCAAUAGCCAGAUGCACUGGUUCGAAAGACUAUCAUCUGCGGCUGAGUUGCUAGCUUGGUGCCUUCCUAUAGUCUCUCUGGCUGUCAUCACCAAUUUCCUCAGAUCAGCUGCAUUGGCACAAAAUAUUCCUGUUUUGAUUGUGCUCAGCGCUAUCUUUGUGUCGCCAUGGCUUUAUGCAACCAUCACUGCAAUGCGGUUGUCUCAGUCAUGGGAUGCACGCUUGCGCUACGUUCUCGGCUUUGGAGUUCUGAUCCUCACUGGUCCUUUUGUUGCCAUUUAUGUGGUUUUUUCGACGCUGUUGAAUUUGCAUCGUCUUCGUCCGAAACAACCCAAACGUAGACGUUCUUCUACUCGCGCUACACAAGUCCAACGUUCUAAUGUUUAA